GUUUUUUUUUCUUCUCGGUUGUCUUAUACAAUCAUGAAAUAUAAACAUCUACUGUCUAAACAUAUUAAUCAAGAUCUAUCACAACAAUAUGACUGGAUCUCUGUAAAUCACAAUACAAUGCACAACAACGAACAACCUGUACAAUUGGAAAGUCAAACAAAUUCACUAAUGAAACCUACUGACAAUCAAACUUUCUAUCCUACAUUAAUACAUCCUACUUGUACGCCUGUGAUCGAGUCUAUACCAGUUAUAACAGGAAAUAUAUUGAAUGAAGGGGAUAAUAAUAAUAAUAAUAGAGUUUCCACUAAUCAGAACACUAAUGAACCUCCUUGUCGACUUCAAAUAAAUACAAGUAGUUCACAAUUGUUAUCAUCCUCCACAAAUUCAUCACAAAACUCUGAUUUAACAAAUAAAUGUCAAAUCAAAGUAAACAAUUUUACAAAUCCUCCUAAAAUUAAAAAACGAGAACCUUACAUUCCAAGUUAUAUGGAUCCUUUAGCCGGUCCUGAACCAUGUGUUGUAUGCGGUGACAAUGCCACUGGAUUUCAUUAUCGUGCUAUGACAUGUGAAGGAUGUAAAGGAUUUUUUCGACGUUCAAUACAAAAGAAAUUAAUUUACACAUGUAAAUUUCAAGGUAACUGUUCCGUAUCGGAUAAACAAAAUCGAAACAGUUGUCAAAAAUGUCGCUUCGACCGAUGUAUCAGCGGUGGAAUGGCUAGAGAUCUCGUACUUGAUGAAGAUAAACGUUUAGCUAAACGUCGUCUAAUCGAAGCGAAUAGAGCACGUAAAAGAGCUGAAGCUGCUAUAGAAGCCUCUGCUAGUGUUCCUACCACUGCUAAAUAUGUUACAGAUGCAUCAAUCACUGUCCGUGAUAUUCCAAAUUCGAAUUCUAUGCCGAACUAUCCUUUCAUUCAUAAUCAAUCGAUUUCUGCAUUGAACACUAUCUCUACUACACCGGUUAUUAUGUCAACUAUACCUUACGAUUCUACAAUUCAGCCUAAUAUUCAUUUUACAAAUCAAUACACACUCAAUUCACUACCUCAAAGUCAAUUUGACUUAAAUCCUAUGCAACCACGUUGUUUAGAAGUGACCACUAACAAUGCUGGUCAUUCAUUUAUGAAUCCUCCUCGGCCUCCGCCGCCUCCUCCUCUUCCAGCAACAACAACAACAUUGAAUACAACUUAUCCAAUUGCGAAUGAGACACCAUUAUUUGUACAACCUAUUCAAACAGUUGAUAAAUUACAAAUCACCACUAUACCCAAUAACAUAUAUUGUCAUCCAAUAUACGGGGCUGCAUAUACACAAUGUUAUACACAAAAUGCUACUACUAGUACUGCUGCUACUAAUACUACUACUCCUCAACAUCAUCAUUCUAAAUUCCCAUUAUUAUUUGAAGAAUCUAUGCAUAAAAUCCAAAUGCCUAAUGUAUCAAUGCAAAUCAAUAAUAAAACUACGUCAAUUUCUAAUGAAAAUAACAAUGUUAACUUACUAGGCAAACAAAACAAUACCAGUAGUCAGUCAAGUGUGAAUGCUCAAAUUGUAGAUGAUGAGAACCGAAUUCAUAAUCAUAAUAAUACUAAUACCAAUAAUCAUAAUAAUAAUGUCCAAAUCAAUACAGAUCAUAUGCUUCAACAACAAUAUUCACCUGUAACACCUGAGAAAAGUAAAUCACUGUCGUCUGAUCAACAAACAAUCAAUCAAUCAUUAACUAAACAUAAUAAUAAUAAUAAUAAUAAUAAUAAUAAUAAUAGUAAUGUGGAUUCAAAUGAAACAGUUUACAACGAUUAUCCAUGGACAACAGAAGAUCAAAAUAUGGUUGAUUCUAUUGUUCAAGCUUAUAGUAAUAUGUUGAAUCCAAAUUUCAAACGAAAGAUCGAUAAGGAAGAUGUGGACAAAGAAUCGGAAAAAGUUUUAUACUCUUCAUCAACAGAUUCAAAAAUUACUUCACUUAUUGAACCAAUGAUUGCAUCACUGGUUGCAUUCGCUAGAUUAGUUCCUGGUUUCGAAUUGUUGGAUGCUAAUGAUCAAACACGUCUAUUGCAUGGUUGUUGUUUAGAUAUCAUCACUUUACGUGCUGCUUAUUUAUUAAGUCGUAUAGCUAUUUCACAUGGUCUAGUUGAAUCAAAUGGACAGAAUAAAGUACAAUUUGCAACCACAAAUUCAUAUGAAUCCAUAGAUGCUGGUAGUAGUAGUAGUAGUAGUAGUGCUGUGCAAACUGCACCACCACCGCCAAUACCACCAUCACAUCAACCGCUUAAUGUUGCACCGAUCAUUCCAAAUAAUAUUUAUCCUCAAUUAGGUUGUUCUGAUGUGAAAUGUGCUCAAAUGAUACGUGCAGUAGCGCUGAAAUUAGCACGUCUUGAAAUUGAUCAAACAGAAGUUGCACUAAUGACAUCAAUUUUGUUAAUGUCUCCAGAUCGUUAUGGUUUAACCGAUUGUGAAACUGUUGAACAUACUCAAGAUAUUCUAUUGGAAACAUUUAAUCGUUAUGCUAAUCGUAUACGAAAAAUUCGUUUCAAUCGAUUGAAUCAUUCUAAUGCAUCAAAUCGUUCCAUGAAUAUCAAUGGAAUAUCACAACACCAGCAUCAGCAACAACACCAACAUCAUCAACAUCAACAAUACUGGCCAAGAAUUCUUAUGGCACUCACUGAAUUACGUUCAAUCACAUUAUGCAAUCAAGGUUUAUUUGUUGAGAAAGCUUAUGCUGGUACAACGGCCACAGAACAACUACCAUGGUAUUUUCGUGAAUUGUUCACUGGAGAUUUUAUACUUCAAGAGACAAAUAUAUCUAGUGUUGAGAGUGGCAAUACUACUAAUCAACAUCAUCAUCAUCAUAAUAAUAAUAAUAACAAUGUGUAUUGAAUGUAAAGCGCCGAAACUAUCAAUGAACACGAGUAUUGUUGUUAUUGUUAGUAAACUUGUAAGCGAACAGGGAACUAUGCGUGUCUACUUUCAGUUGUUUGUUGUUGUUGCUGUUGGCGGUGUUGCUCACUUAUGUCAGGCCCUUUUUUAUCUGUGAAUUGUUUUUGUUGUUUCAUUCUCUGAGGGUGUUAUUUUGCUCGUGUGUGUGUGUGUGUGUUUAUUUUUUACUUGUUAACUUGCAAUUUUUUCGUUUAUCUGUAUACCUCUGUCACCAUAAUGUUUCUCUUUACCUCUUACCUUACUCUCUCCCUCGCUCUCUUUAUGUUCAUGACAUACAUACUUAGAUAAUAUCAUUCUACAAAACAAUCGGUUCAAUUACAUUGAACAAGUUCCUUUUUUGUUUAAAUCACUAGACUAGUGCGGUAUAUUUGAUUUUUUACUUGAUUAGUAAAACAAAAAAUCGAGAAAUUAAUUGUCUAUUCUGUACAUCGUAUCUAUGUAGAUUCUAGAAUCCAGAAGAAACUAACAAGAUUUGUUACAAUGAAUUGUGAAAAAAAAAAGAAACUGCUUCUCUUUGUUGUCCCCUUCAAUUCGUUCGAUCCUCAGCUGAAUAUGCAUUCAUUAGAGAAUUUGCUUGUUCGUUUUGUUGAAUACGUCCAGUUUUUUUUUUUCUUAGAUUAUUCUUAGGAAUUUAUACCAAUUUUUUCUUGUAUGUGUGCGUGUGUUUAUUUACAUAGGAUAUUAACAAUAGAAAUUUUUGUUCUCUAUGGCUAAUACGCCAUUGAUUUGUGUCUUUUCAUGUUGUGCUCUGCACACUACAAAAGUGAUCUUCUAAUCGAUAAGUCUUCAUUAUUUACUUUCAAUUGAACGUACAUUAUUGCAUAACUAUAACUGUACGAUCAUCACUAAUAUCACUACUUCUACUAUUACUACCACUACUACUACUACUAC